UCGUGUUUAAAAGGAGGGAGACAGAAAGGAUUAGAGAUAUAGCCGCUCGAAAAUCAAAACCCUCUCUCCGCACUUUCUUUGCUUCUUCUUGUUCCCUCUCUUCGCUUUCUCUCCACAAUGAGCAACGCCAACAAGCAAGUUUUCAGCGUCGCAGAUCUCUCUUCUGCUCUCAAUGAUGAUGGUCGUGCAGAACUGAUUAACGCUCUCAAGGGUUUUAAUGAGCAGCCCUUGGAUAUUCUUGGGAGUCUUUCUCUAUCCCCCAUUGUCAGGCAGCGUGUCGAGGUUCUCAGAGAGAUUCAGAGUGCACAUGAUGAACUGGAGGCAAAGUUUUUUGAGGAGAGAGCUGCUCUCGAAGCCAAAUACCAAAAUUUGUAUCAACCAUUGUAUGCUAAGCGCUAUGAAAUUGUGAAUGGUGUUGCUGAUGUGACAGCGGUACCAAUUGAAACUGCUGAAGUUGAAGAGAAAGGGGUGCCAUCUUUCUGGCUCAUUGCUUUGCAAAACAAUGAUGUGGUAACUGACGAGAUUACCGAGCGUGAUGAGGAAGCUUUGACGUUCCUGAAAGACAUCAAGUGGUCGAAGCUCCAAGACCGAAAAGGAUUCAAGCUUGAGUUCUUUUUCGAUCCUAAUCCGUAUUUUUCAAAUACUGUCUUGACCAAAACUUAUCACAUGGUGGACGAGGAUGAGCCCAUACUGGAGAGGGCUAUUGGGACGGAAAUUAAUUGGCUACCCGGAAAACGUUUGACUGAGAAGACCCUGACGAAGAAGUCAAAGAAGGGCUCAAAGAAUGCCAAACCAAUUACAAAAACAGAGUCCUGUGAAAGUUUCUUCAACUUUUUCGAUCCACCAGAAGUCCCCGAAGAUGAUGUGGUCCUUGAUGAAGAAGUGGCUGAGGAACUUCAGAAUGAAAUGGAACAAGACUAUGACAUUGGGUCAACUAUCCGAGACAAGGUCAUCCCCCAUGCUGUUUCAUGGUUUACUGGGGAGGCAGGUGAUGACGAUGAUGAGACUGAUGAUGACGAUGAUGACUAUGAUAUGGAUGAAGACGACGAUGAUGAAGAGGAAGAUGAUGAUGAAGAAUCUGAGGAUGGGACUGAGUCGGAAAAGAAGAAUGUUGCUGCAGUCAUCAAUAACUAAGAAGGGCGGGAUAGUGCAGUCCGGCGAUGGUCAGCAGGGUGAAAGGCCAGCAGAGUGCAAGCAGCAGUAAGAGGUUUUGGUGUCCGGAUUUGCUUGAUGAAGGAGAUUUCAAUUUCAUGCAGUUUUUUAUAGUUUAAAUUUAUUUAGUGCCCAUUCUCCUAUUUUGCUUCUUAUUUUGGAGAGAUGUGGUUAUAUAGUUUUGGGAUGUAUUGAUUUAUUGCUACUUUGGUUUAAUAGGUUCGACCUAGAUACUUCAUUAUUUUGACAAUAUUAAUGGUAAAAUCUGGUUACCAAUUUAUUUCAA